GUGCAAACAAUCACUACAUCAGCAGACAAUACAUUCACUGGCAUGCGCAUCGGGCGACUUUUUCACGCUCAUAUGCCACUUACACCUCUGAACAUCAUCGCCGUAUGUUGAUGCGACGCGUCGUCUUCUCUUACCUUUCAUAGUUCGAGAUUGACAUGACCAGUGAAGGCAUGAGUCCAUCUCCCUACGAGCCACAACACUACUUACAUAGCUGGUUAGCCUAACGAAACAUGUCACCUAACGUUGUAAUCGUGGUGGUCCUGGCCGCCAUGGUCCUCUUCAUCGCAGUCGUGGUCUGUCUCUGCACACUCUGGUGGCGACACAGCCUCCGCGCCGGCUACCACAACGACCGCUUCCAGCGAUCUCGGACCGGCCAACGCGAGACUCCCGUCAAGAAGAUAGAGCUCGCAGAACGAGGCGCCAAGAGAAACUGGAAAGAAGGCGGAAGAACGCCGGCUCAACCCAGCAGACAGAAGACUCCUGCACCUCCACGGCGACCACCACCACCUCCAACUCCACCUCCGCCACCCCGACCUCUACCACCCGCUCACGGUGGUAAUUCAAUUCGUCAUGACAAACAGCCGUCGAGGCAGGAGUGGCCUUCUGUACCUCCGGCACGUAGCAACAAACCUCCAACGCCGGAGGAAUGGGGCCCUGCACCCCCAUCUCGUGGUAGCAAGCGUACUCCCAGUAAACAUGGUACGCCUGCUGCUCCGACUCCGGCUGCUAAAGUACCGACUAAGCCUCCGUCGCGGGACGAGUGGGAGGCUGAACCUCAAGCUCAACCUCCUAGUAAGGCGGCUUCAGAUAAGGAAUGGACUCUACCGCCCGAUCCGCCGUUUGUCGUGUCUGGAGAUGUCAAGCGCGUUUCAAAGAAGAGCUGGCAAGCUGAGAGCAAGCCUGCUUCUAAUAGAGGGGGCGCCUAUGAUACGCAAGGUUACCACCAGCAGCAGCAGCAGCAGCAGCAGCAGCAGCAUGGAGGAGUGGAUCCUAAUGCGUUGACAGCGGCAUUGCAGCAGGCAAAUGAAGAGACACACGAGGAGCCUGCAGAACCAGAGGGUGGAUGGUAGGAGGAGUGCUGUGGAAUAAG